UUUAAAUAAAAAAAUGUUCGGCUUUGCUAAGAAGGGUGGAGGUGAUAAAAAGGGAGCAUCAGCUCCUGUUCCAGAUUCAAAAUUAAAAUAUGAAAAAACACUUCACGAUCUUAGAUCAAACAGAGAUAAAAUCUAAGACAAUAUUGAUAGGAUAGAUUCUAAAGUUACAGCCUUAGAUCAAGAAAUCAGAUCAUUACUUAGUUAAGGAAAAAAACAAUAAGCCAAAAAUAAAAUAGCAGGUAUAUAUUUCAUAUAAGAAUUAUAGAAAUGAAGGCUUUACAAAAAUAAAUUGAAUAAAUGCAAACUAAAUAUAAUGUCUUAACUUAAAUGACUAUUUAAAUUGAAACACUAGAAUCAGAUUAAGGAAUAGCUUAAGCAGUAUAGGAUGCAGCCGAUUUAGGAAAAAUGUAGUAAGAAACUAAUGAUAAAUUAUAAGAUGCUAUGAUGGAUUGGAAGUAUUGAUUAAUUUUAUUUUUUUAGUGAAUUCUAAACAUCCUAAUAAGAAACCUCAGAAUUAUGGAAAUAAAUGUCCAAUAUGGGUGUUGAUAAUGAAGAAAUUGAUGCAGAAUUUGAUAAAUACCUUUAAGAGAAUGAAUAAUAAUAAGCACUUAAUAUGAAACAAUAACUUAAUACUGUUCCUGCUAAUUAAAUUCCUGCAUAAUAAAAUUAUUAGCAAUAAAACAAAACUAAUAUGGAUAAAGAGUUAGCUGCCUUAUUGGAAUGAUUAUUAUAUCAUUAAAAAAAUUAAGUAUUUUG